AGCGUUCCUGCGCCCGAGGGCUUCUUAUCCCUCUUUAACCCUGGGUCAAUCCCGAGCGCUACUGACCUCCCACGCGUGGUGGAUCCCAACAGCGGGAGUUCCUACGAUGGCCCCGUGACCCCGUGUUUGACGACUCUCCGACAAGACGCGCCCACACCGAGUACGCCGCAAUCCCCGUCUGGCGACGAGUUGCAGCGGUGCCUGGCACUAAGCCCUUAUAAACCCGCACCGGUCCCUGCCGCGCCAGCCCCGCCGGCGCCGGUCGCCACGCCCGAGCCCGCCCCUGUCCCUGCCACGCCGCCCCGACAGUG